AAAAGCUGUUGUUAAUCUUGUCAUAAGCACAGUUUCGAUGCAUUAACAGUUGCAUAAACUUAGAUUUUCUAAAAAACUAUUAAAAAUGCCUGUGCCCACUUGUUCAGGGGGCUCGUGCACAAUUUCCAGACCAAAAAAGUCUACUACCACAAAGUCGAAACCAAAAUCAACAUCAUCAACCACUAAGAAGACUACCGCUAAGAAAACUACGGCCAAGAAGACCACAACUAAGCCGAAGCCAUCAGCAACAAAGGCUAAGUCGUCCACAGCUAGCAAGGCAAAGAAGACUUCAACAAAAAAAAGUACAACAGGUGUAAAAUCGAAAACCGCUGUGCGGAAGAGUACAACCACACGCAGGCGUGACAACAGUUAUUAUGAUUGUAAUUCCGGAUGUUAUUAGGCUUAUUGACGAGCAGGAUAUAGUGCUGCUGAAGAAGCGACUUUUCAUGAUACUGAUGUAGGACAAGAAAUAGCGGCCAAGAAUUAUGCAUUCACUUAUAUGUCAAAGCUUUUUAUUUUAUGUUAAAUAGUAUAUGUGUUUAGAUAAGCAAAUGUAAUAUUUUAUUUUAAAUUUUGUAUUAAAAGAGUUUUUUAUUGA